AUGUUUCAGUUUCUUUUCACGAGAAAGUCGUCGAGACACGGACGGACGGACGCCAUGAAGCGAUCUCCAGGUGACGGCAACAUCUUUCGAGCCUUUCCUCACACACGCACGGCAUUGUGUGCGCGUGUGUCAGGGGGAGGCUCCGAUUUGACCACCGGGGAGCUUCAGCAGAACUUCCGAGAGAUGAAAAACUCCGACGCGCAUCCCAAACUUCUCUUUCACGUCUCGGACGCGCAGCGAGAUGGACAACGCGGCGGCCGCGCGCAUGUGGAGGUGGCGCUGUUGAGCACCGGAACCUUCAGCCCUCGUCACGUGACGGUCGGGCGGAGCUACGCCGACUUUUCCCGCUUCCACCGCCGGCUGAAGACGGAGUUCGGAGAGGAGCUGGAGGGGGUGGAGCCACCGGGCCCGCGCCUCUGCGGGCGGGGCUUAGCGCCGCAGGAAUACCUGAGCCGCGCCUUCGCCGUUUGCGGGCACUCGCCGCUUUUCGCGCAAUUCCUGACGGAGCGGGAGCGCGCCGGCGCCGCGGCGCUGAUGCGCGCCGGACGCUACGCGGACGCGCUGGAGCACCUCGCCGGCGUCCUCGCCGUCCACGAAAAGCUUUCGCCUUGGCAGAGGCAGACGUCGAUGACGGCGGCGGUCCCUGCGCUGGCCGCCGCGGCCCUGUGCCACAGCGACCUGGGGCACCCCCGUGAGGCGCUGGCCGCCGCCCGCCGGGCGCUGCCCCCCGUCCGGCGCUACGGGAUGCGCCGGUACCGAGCGCCUCUGCUGCGCCUCCUGGUGGACUGGGAGCACGGCGCGGGGCGACCGGCGGCCCGGCUGCAGGAGGAGCUGACGGCGGCCGAGGACGGACGGCCCGCCUCGGCGCUCUCCCUGAAGGAGGUCGUGCUCGAGGACUUGGCUGACGUGUGUCCACCAGAGGCGCCGUUCAAACUCUCCUCAUUCAUCAAGUCUCCUUUUCUCUUAUAAGAAGGAAUUCCAAAUCGCUUCCAAGAUCAAUGUCGAGGCAGCCCCGCUCACAGCUGGGUUGCAAAUUCCUCUUUGCUGGAAUCAUUAAGGGAGCUUUUUUGCUUUGGUUUUUGGGAAAUAAAAAGAGCUCUUCACAUGAUCAAAACAACAACAAGAAAGCGAGGGGGCAUGCUCGCCGCGAGCCGUCACUCUCUCUCUCUCUGAAGCCGAAAAACAAAGAAACAAAGAAAAAGACGCUCGUCGGGUCAGAUUCGGGACAUUUCCACCAUCGGCUGUGGGAACAGACAACAGACGAAAGGCGAGAAAGGCCGACAGACGUCCCCGAGAAAGCAAGGUCGGAAACGUGAAGACGAGUCAUCUUGCUCGUGACUCGCCUGUUUGAGGACUCGUCGGCCAUCGUUGUCUUGGAUUUGGGGUUUUUUGAAGGGCCGCUUCGGCGCCGUCUGGCUGCCGGGAAACUAUGUCGAAGUGAGCUGCGGCGCUUCAUUUUGACAAAAGUCGUGUUUUUGGGGGUGUCGCAUCCAACGGACCAAGCGCAUAUUUGCGCUUUGUGGACCAAACCUCCACUAUCGACUGAAAACUCACCAUACAUAGAGUGUAUGUUCGUCGGCCCGUCGCCAACGUGUUGCGCUUCAGACAACGCAGAAGUAGCAACGUCUUCGGUUGACAAGGAGGAGGAAAUCCAUUUGGAAGUCAGGCGUCGACGAGAUCCUUCGGCCAACAGACGAAAUUCACGCCGCCCCGAAAAAUAAUCAUGAAAUUGCCUCUCCAGCCACUUAAGGUCGGGACAAUGAAAACGCUUGAAAUCCAACCAAAUAAACAGCUAACAUCUCAAAACCGGCGGCGGCGGCGGCAGCAAGAAAGUUUGGCAAAAAGACUCCACAGCUCACUUCGACAUAGUUCCUUGUAGGGAUGCAGCUAACUUUUUUUUGUUUGUUUUUUUGAAUAAUAAUCGAUUGUUCUGUUGGUUAUUUUUGAAUUUGUAUCUAUCCCUUGAUUAAAAAAACAUUAUGAUUUGAAA